GAGAAGACGAAGAAAGGAGAGAGAGAGAUCAGAGAGAGAGAGAGAGAGAUCAGUUUGUGGUCGUUACUUUCCGUUGAAGUGUAUAUACUCUGUACUGUGUGUGUGAAGCUUUAAGCCAUGGCGUCUGAUCAGGAGAUAGCGAAAGGGGUGGAGACGGUUCUCCGUCAGACAGACCCUAACGCCGUCAUCUCCCUAAACGGUGUCGUUCAGCAGCUGGAAGCUCAGCUCGGCAUGGACCUCUCUCACAAAGCCGCCUUCAUCAGCGACCAGAUCCACCUCCUCCGAUCAAAGACGCCGCCGGCGGCGGCGCAGCCGCAGCAGAACCCUAUGCACUCUAUGUACCCUUUUGCCCUCCGGAACCACCACCACCAAUUCCAAACCACCCAACCCCAACAGCACUUCUAUUCCCACUUUGCCCUUCAGCAGCAGCAGCAGCACUACCAGCACAACACUACUCCGCCGCUGCUGCCGCAGCAGAUCCUGCAAGUGACGAUGCAGCAGCCAGUGCCCCCAGCUCAGCCGCCACGGCCUGCUGUUGUUCGGGUCACAGCUGCUCAGAAUGUGGUUCAAAAUGCUUCUCCGGCUCCCAAGGAAAGUACUACUACUACUACUACCACUACUACUGCCGGGACCAAAAGAAGAGGAGGAGCAGGUGGGCUGAACAAAGUUUGCGCUGUGACACCUGAGCUUGAGGUCAUUGUUGGUCAGCCGGCACUUCCUAGAACCGAGAUUGUGAAGCAGCUGUGGGCAUACAUCAGGAACCACAACCUGCAGGAUCCUGGAAACAAAAGGAAAAUCAUCUGUGAUGAGGCCCUACGCUUAGUCUUUGAAACAGAUUGCACCGAUAUGUUCAAGAUGAAUAAGCUUCUGUCGAAACAUAUCCUCCCACUUGAUCCCACGAAAAUAUGUGCAGAACAACCAGGACAAGUUAAAAGAUUGAAGGUGGAGACUAAUUUGGAACCAAAUAAUUCAGAAUCUAGCUCGCACUCCGUGAUGAUAUCAGAUGCUCUUGCCAACUUCUUAGGAUCUUCAGAAAGAGAGAUGCUCCCAUCAGAGGCACUCCAGCGUGUCUUGGAGUAUAUAAAGGUUAACGACCAGGUGCAUGCUGAUGUAGCUUUAACUGUUAUGACAUGUUGCAUACUUGCAUCAACCACCAGUGCUAAAUUGCUGUGUUCUGAACAGUAGUUUCUGAAUUUUGCAUUUAUCUUCCAAGCCACUUUCUGUUUUUUGUGGUACAUCUAGUUUUUACAAGAAAGAACAUAAAUGCCACCACGCAGAGAACAGCACAUAGUAUCUUCAUGAUCUUCCUCUCUGUUUUAUCUCUCAAAACAAUUUGAGAAUUCAUCUUCUCCUUUGCAUGCAUCAAAAUAGACAUCAUUUUCUGCAAAAAAACACUUUUUCACUUCUGAGAUCACAUCUCUAAGAAAGUAAGAGUAUGCAAAAAUAUUAUUUGCUUACCAAUCUAAGUGGCUCGAUUUGAAAGAGUGGCUCCAUAAACAUCUCCACAUUCCUGAUUCCAUGAAUGUAGUAGGCUAGUAGCAUCAGCAAUCAUCCACCACACUAAAACUAGAUGUAGCAUGCCACAAACGUAAAUUUUUUACCUUAUCAUUACCUUCCCUUGAUAGACAUGACACAUAUGGAAGCUAAAACCUUUUCCCAGAGGAGCAUGCGUCUUUCUGCAUUCUGAAGACAUAAGAUGCCAUUAGGUUCAGAUAAUUUGAGAUUACCUUGAGCAGGCAAUAUGAUUAUUCUAUGUAAGAUUAUAGGGAUAUGGAAUUACCUAAAGAUGUUUGGUUCACAGGAUGUGACUAACUUGGAAUAGUCUAAAAUAUUUCCAAGGUAAUAUUACACUACCUAAGAUAACAGUGAUGUUAGAUUACCUAAGAAAUGUCACACUGUAACACUCCAUGAACCAAACAUCCAUUUUGAGAAACAGGAUUGGCUACCUAGUUUCCAUGAAACCCCAACAUCCAUUCCAGCAUGCAACGAGGGCUGCACCACAAACUCAAUGUUGUUCCCUAAGGAUUUAAUCAGAGACGAGAAGAACUCGAGUACUUGCUGCAGAAAUUAAAUGGCCAUCAAACGU